AUGUCCCAAGUCUCCACUGCCAGCACUCCAGGCAUAAGUAAGCCGGGCUCUCAAUAUGUCCAUCCAAUGCGUCUCGCCCCACGUGCAUAUACUCCUCCAUUAAACCAAUCGUGUCAAGCCUCAGUGUUUGGGAGCGAGGAUUCCCCUAGGGAUCUCUCAGCGGGGAGCAAUUCCUCGACGCAGUUAGGGUCCGAGGUUUUCUAUACAUCAGUGCGGGCCAAUUCGAGCAAGACUCCACGAUUGUCAUUGCAGACACAUGAUAGUUCUUCCACAAGAUCACCUGGAGUCUCUCAGACCAACAUAACCGGCCGCUCAUCUUUUGGAUACUCGAGAGACAAUGGAAGCACUUUAGACACAACGUCCCCAGUAUCUAGAUCAUCCUUGGAUUUUGUUUUUCGAUCUAAGACACGGACCAGUAUGGAUCCAGUGGCUCGGGCAGCUACGGUACAAGCAGCACGUCAGGCGUUUGAAGAGAAAGAAGCAGCUAAAACAUGGAGGUUCGAAGCGCAGCAGAUGAAGGCGGAAGAAAAACAAACAAAGCAGAGGGAAAAGCAGCAUUGGCGAGCACGGACGACAGACGACGAUUCAACUUGGACAGACCGGGAGAAUGAGGUCCCUGAGAAGCCACAGCUUCCACCAAUUUCAGAUUCGGGUCCAAACACUUGGAAAUCACAACCUAAAAACACAUGGGUACUCUUUCUAACAUGGCUACGUACCAGAAUCUUCAAGUUGCGGAGAAGGAUUGGGAAAUUAGCGUGA